CGGAAGAUUCGACUGACAGAGAUAGGAAGCAGAAGUCGAAAGAUAAACUCCAGAACCUCCCGAGACUGUUGGACUGAAUUAGAAUACACCGGAAGGACGGCCUAUACAUUACAGGGAUUCCGUGUCAGUCAGUUCUAAGUGACGAGGAACAUUGGGAUAGAUGCUUGGAAUACAUGUAGAUAAUUAUGUGUUUUGAUGUAGAUUACGGUUGAUUACGGUAAACCUUCGGAAAUGUGGAAACAAAUCACGUGAUGAUAAAUCACAAUCAGCAAAUGGUAGUAAUGCACGAACUGGAAUUGUCUUGAGGAUGCAUGUAUUCUUCUAAUGGUGGAUUCCAAUUCACAAAAUGUGUUAUGUUUUCUUUUGAUUUCGAUAUCUACUUUUAAUCAGACGAAGAUAAAUUCUUUGAAGAUGUCCAGAGACGCGAUAUAUCUAGACACUAUGUAGAAUACAAAUCAAUGGACGAAUAUACAUCCAGAAGUAUCCAUGGCAACCGUCAAAGAGAAUACAGUUUUGAGCAAAGAUCCGUAGAAAUCAACAACAUCCGGUCGACCAGCCAGAGGCAGAUCGCCGUUAAAGAACGACACAGUUCAAAAAAGGUAGAGUCAAGCGCAGGCAAUGAAAGUCGCGGAAAGUCAAGUGAAUACAAGGUCGCAUCUGGGCCUAAAUAUGAAGAUAAACAAAGUUUUCAAAACCACAAAGGUCGCUCAACGUCGGUACCUAGGGAAAGGGACAAACUUAAAUAUGAAAAUUCAAAACCUCUUUCCAGAGAGGAAGCUACUGGACGAAAAGCGCCCAAGCAAUUGCCAGUCAAAACGAGGGAUGACGUUUCUGGGAGAAACGUCAACGAAAGCACGAGAAUCUCUCCGGGGAAAAAAUCGACGUCUUCCAGAAAUAGACACCGGUCAGAGGGCGAUCCACCAUCAAAGUUUACAAGAAGUAAAUCAGAUCUGUCAUAUCAAAAAUCCAAGAAAUCACAUUCAACCAGUGAAUACUCGCCGAUAUCGUCCGACGAAUCUCAAAUCGUACACACAGACACCACCAGACUGGUCUCUAAGAGGAAAACAAAAUCCAUGCAACAUUUUAGAACGUUUUAUGACAUGCAAAAUGUUGAAAAUAAACCGUCUAUCAGAAAGUUCUCUCGCCACCAGAAAUAUUUUUACUCGGAUGAAGACAGCAGUGAAGCGUCCAUUCCGCUCAGGACGGGAUUCAAGAACGGUAACCACGCUUCUUGUGUCCGUAAUGGCGUAUCAUCCGAUACAACUGUGGAUAUAGACGGAUCAUGUGACUAUUCAUUCCAAGCACUGGAAGGUUAUAGUAAACACGGUUUAAAACAUGGUUUUCCUAGUGCCCCUUAUAAACGUAUUAAACAAAUGAAUAAUAAAAAUAUAUGUGUGGCCGUUUUAGGAUCCUUGUUGUUUAGUAUUGGUGCUUUUCUUUUAUUUUGCCCGACGGCAGCUUUGUUAAUUGUGAUAUUCCCCGUUUCUUUCCUCAUUAAGACGUCCCUGUUUUCGUGUGGUUGUACCUGUAACACCUGUUGUGAGUGUGGUAUUAAGUUGUCCAAGAAGGAGCGAGCUUGGCAAGACAGUCUCAAUGAUACUACAACAAUAUACCAAGCGUUGUUAAUAAUCGAAUUCGGUCUGGAUCUUCAUCGCAUACGAGAUUUAAUAACUGCAAGACUUAUAUGUGCAGAGGAUAAACUAAAGAGAAAACUCUACCCCAAGUUUACCAAAAAGCUUGCUCCGUCUUGUUCAGGAAUGGUGUGGAUUCCAGAUCAUAGCUUUACAAUCAACAACCACGUGUAUUCUUCUCCUUGUCGAGUGGAGAACCAAGAGGACUUACACGAUUUCGUCUCUGAAUCGUCCUCCAAACCACUUCCUUUAAACUCGCCAUUGUGGGAGAUACAAGUGGUGAAAAACUACGGGGAUCAUAAGGACACGGUCCUACUCGUACGCGUUCAUCCCAUUUUGUCAGAUGGUAUAUCUCUUGCUCAUUGCGUCUUAGCUUCAUUGACGGAUUUGGAUUCCAUUACCUACUCAGUGCCAAAAUAUUCUUCGCGUGGGAAAUUUUUCAAAGCUGUGAAAUCAUUUUUCUAUGGCCCACUUAUUUUCCUAAAGGAGUGUUUAUUUACAAAAUCGGACUUUAAUUUACUUCAUGGGCGGCACACGAUUCGCUCAAGUAAAAGAGUUGUAUCUUGGUCGGAACCAUUUCUGUUGGAGAAUGCACGUCGAAUUUGCCAAGUGACUCGGUCUUCUUUAAAUGAGGUUCUUGUCUCCGUGGCUGCGGGAUCUUUGAGGUCCUAUCUCCAACUGAAUGGGGUAGAGAACCCUUAUAACAUGCACAGCCUCAUUCCAGUACAUUAUCGGUCAGGUUUUUCAGAAUACUCAAUCGACAAUAAUCAAAAUACAUUUUUGGUGAUUCCGAUCCCGACAAAUAUUGAAGGUGCUAUUCCAAGGUUAUGGAAAAUGAAGUCUUUCAUGAAGGAAGUGAAUCAUAAUGCAUUAUUCUCAGUCAUAAGAUGGAUCAGAUUUCUGACCCUUUAUACUCUCCCCAGUAUUCUGUACAAUCGUCUUUGGAAACGUGUUCGGAAUAAAUGCACGUGCAUCAUAUCAAAUCUCCCUGGGCCAGAGGGUCCGAUACGAUUCGGGUCAAGACUUAUCAAGGAACUGAUCGUUUGGAACCCACCACUAGAUGAUGUGUGUGUUUCAAUAAAUUUCAUCUCUUUUGAUGAUCAUAUUAAAAUGACCGUGAUGUCAGAUCCCUUGGUUUUACCCAAUCCAGAGCUUAUCACAAAGCACUUUACUUAUCAGAUGUCUUGCAUCGCUGAACUUUUAGCCAAUCGGAGAAUUCCUGGAGAUCAGGUGACCAAACGAACAGAGCCAGUUGAGUUGGACUCUGAAAUCCACGCAGAACCGACCGUGGAACAGAUUCAGCAUAAGAUGUCGCUUAUACAACAAGAGCUACAAGAUCUGAAAAUUCAGCUAGAGUCUGAGGGAAGACACAAACAUGUAGCAGGCGAAACCAAAAUUAUCAGGAAAAUCGACUUCCUUAAGGAACAGUUCAGGGAAUUGCUUGUGGAGUCACGUCAGCGCCGAGCAGCGGAACAGGAAAAUGCCAUGAUACUUUCCGAAGAUGAUCCGGAUGAGGAUUUCGAAGAAGAUGGAGAACCAAAACGACCAUUUCGCCGGAGAACAUUAUCUAUAAGUUCCCGAAUGUCUCGACUUUCUACUGUGUCACAGUCCUCGACAGUUCGCCCUCUAGCGGCCAAUCCCACAAUUCAGUUCGAUCUCAGUUCCGAGAUAGAUUCUGAAUCAGAAGCCUCCUUCAGAAUGGAUGGAAUUUCGCAGAUAGGACGACAACACCGACGACAAUUGUCCGAGCAGCCCAAACAGUUCGAAAUCUUGGAAUAUGCUUCAUCGCCUUCAGUAGAGAGGAAAAUGAGGACGUUUUGAAAAAAAAGUUUAUCAAGCGUGACGGGAUUCUAUUUAUAGUAACGUUAACUUCUGUUCUUGAAAAUGUGUUUCCUGUGUCUUUACUCAGUAUAUCAUAUAGAUUACAGUUUUCGUAGGUGAAUGUGUACAGACAUUCAUGUAUUCAGUAAAUUCUAGCUUACUGCAGUUAUAACACCACAAAUGCUCCAAGAUGUAACAAUUUAUUUUUUUCUCAAAGCUGAAAAAGUAAAUGUUCUCUGGAA